AGGAAAAAAAAAAAGGUUAAAUCAUUUUCAUUGCGGGUGAGAUGGAGGAACCGGGUCAAGAAACGAGUAUUCCGGGUUGUAGACAAACGAGUGUGAAAAAUUUAUUCAAAUCCGCUCUUCGAUGUCUUCUCACUGCUUGCUCCAGACAGGAUUUUUUUGAUAUUUUGUCGAAAUUUAGUGGGGGUGAGCAAGAAAGGCUUUAUCGGUUAUAUACUCAGGUUGUUGUGAAAUUGCAUAAGACAUUAGAGGAAUAUUUUGAUGAAUACUGUCACAAAACUCAGGUUGGACCAAUUCUUGAUACAGUCGAACAGCUGAUCGAAGAACAGCAUUUGGAUCCCUUGUUCUCAGAUGAGACGGAUGUAAUGGCAAUAGCAAAUGAUCUUACAACAGUAAAGAAGAACGAGAUACAAAGGUUAACAGCUUUACUCCAAAGGGCUGAAGAACAGAAUCGCCAGAAGGAAGCCCGCAUCAGCCUGCUCAAAGACCAAACACAAGAUUUCUCAGACGCAACUGCCAGAAUCGAAAAGCUGAAAGCCGGGUUCUCGGGCUACUUUGAAGGAAAGGACAAGCUACCUCCAAUAUAGUUUCAAGGCAAAUUGCAAUGAGAAAGCAUGUCACAUUCAUUCCCUGCAUUUCUAUAUAGUUUUAUUAGAGUCUUAUUUAUCAAUCUGGUCACAACUACUUGCUUCAUUGUAAACUACUGAGAAUCUGGAUUAAACUGGUUUAUCCAUUGUGUUCUGGUUACUUUGUGGUUUGAUAACAGUUCAUGCAAAAUAUUUUUUCUAAGGUUACUCAUGAACCGGUUUGGUUUUGUUCUGGUUA